UCCAUUGCAGACUUGCAUUGCCCUCACUCCUGCUUGUUGUUUCUUGGAGCCUCGACGCGUCGCCGCCUCCGCCCUGGCACUCGACGAGCGGGCUGAGCAACUAGGAGCGGCUGCCCUGCAUCUCGUCUCGUCAACUCCUCCUCUUCCGCCCUCUACCAUCAUCGCACGCCAAAUUCCCCCUUCACACCAGUCACCACGGAAGCUUUGGCCCCUUGAGGCAUUGCUCAUCGCCCACGACAUCAUCUCAUCAAGGCGUCUUGCUACCUAGUCGCGCCUCCAGAGCGCAGGCAUACAUCCACCAAAACAAGCUUAGCAGCGCUCACUCGACGCAAUGGCAUCGACGCGCAGGUUCCACGGUCCUGGUGUCGGAGGGAGGACGGGCAUGAGGGUGAAUGAGGAUGUGCGCUCGAUCAGCGGCUAUCUCGAGGCAGGAAGAAGGGCAAUGGAUGAGCACGAUCAGAGCAGCUACGACGACGGUGGAAGCUACGAUGAGACGACCUACUCAACCAGAUCAAGAGGGUUCCCACAGGACUCCUCGUCCCUGUAUGCUGGCUCAUCACCGCGUACAAGCAGGCGGCAAAGCGGCAGAAGAGGCGAUGUGGGAAGCAGCAGUAUGGCUAUGGACCUCGAGAACAGCUACGCUCCGUCACCUCAGAGCAGAUCACGCUCAUCACGAUACCAAGAGGAUGUGCGCAGCGAGGGGGAGAGCGGCGACUCCGUGGUCGAUUACGGAGAGGCGGCGGAGGGGUAUGAUGAAGAUGGAUAUGAAGACGAUGCUGGUGGACGAUCCAGCCAUUCCAUCGGUCAGAAUCGAGGCAGGCCGAGCGGCAUGAGCGACCGAGGUCUCGACUCAAGACGCCAAUCCCGCUACGACAUGUCCGGUUCAGCUGCUCCGUACGACGACGAUGACCAAGGUCCAAUGGACGUGGCUGGCGGAGACAUGCCCAGCUUCAACAUCGACGACAGCGAAGGCGAGAGGGACUAUGGCGAUGGAGGAAUCAGCGUACAGGACGAGGAAGAGGACGAUCGAGAGCGACUCAGCGAGGAUCCAGAGGAGCCGCGACGCUUUGGCGACGACGACGACAAUGCCGGCGACUACAGCGAUGCGGCUUCGGCGGAAGAGGUUGAAGGCUUGGCUGAAGCCAUUGAGGAGGAGGACCAGGACGACCCACAACGCACGCCAACGCAAGCAAAGAGGGGAAAGGGUCGCCCACACAAGGAGGUUAGUGCGCCCUCCUCCGUGGGCAAAGGCAAGCCCGCAUCUCUAUCUCAGGCGGGCCACUUCGAAAGCGAGCGCGUCGCAUCCAGUCGCGGCCGAGCAGGUAGCGUCAUCGACGGCGACGUGCGCCGCUCAACGCGCCAUCGAUAUGCUCCCCUCGAGUACUGGCGCGGUGAACGGGCCAUCUACGGUCGUCCCUCUCUUCCAUCUUCUCGACCACAGCGUCGCCACGACUCAGCCGACGCGGAUGAGACCAUCGACGAGAAUGUCUUCGAAGAAGCGCCGAUCAAGACGUAUGCGGUACCCGUACUGCGCGAGAUCAUUCGUUACAGUCGCCCACCAGGAGAAGGCACAUUCACCGGUCUACGUCUGCCACGCAAGAAACCCGUCAAUCCGGACGGCACCACAAGGCCCGGCGGGCGAGGUCGGUCGCGCUCUGCCAAGCACAAGAUGAAGCGCAGCAAGACUGGAAGCGAGGGAGAGAGCGAUGAUGAAGAUGAGGAGCUCGACCCUACCGCAGCGACGCGCAAUCCCGAGGAUGGAUGGGACGACGAAACGGACCCUCACGGCACUGUGUGGGAUGCGGAUCGUCAAUGCGAGGUCGAGCGCCGCAUCGCCUGCCCCUACUCCCAGGUGCGGGCAAAACCAGCGACCAACUCGAGCUUCUCGUUCGAAAAGGUCUUUGGCGUCGACGAGUACAUGGCCUCUGGCAUCCUGGAAAUUCCGGUCGGCGGGUCCAAACCUACAAAGCCCACGAAGGACAACAACUACUCCUUCGCCAUCUGGCAGGGAGGGCUCGACAUCCGCGUCCAUCGCACCAUGUUCCGACUAGGCCCCGGAGGAAUGUUCAUGGUGCCGAAGGGCAACACCUACUCGAUUGAGAAUUGCAGCCAGCGCAAAGCGGUCAUCUGGUUUACACAGGCGCGCCAUCCCAAGGGACAGCCAACGAUCGAGGGGCCCAUCAUCCAGCGCUACGCCCCUUGGCCACAAACGGCGGGUGCCGCCGCGUUGGGGGAUACGACGGCUUCGCCUGCGACGAUCAAGAGGGAGAGGGCAGCAAGUGCCAAUGGGAUAGCGGGGUCGGCUGCUGAGGGCGGGCAAAGAAAGAAGCAAAAGAAACAAAAGCAGGUAAACGGAUCGCCAGGGUCGGAUGCCUCAGAUGCAGAGAUCGUGCCUGCCACCUCGUCGUCUGGGGCGGCAGGGAAGAAGAAGAAGACGAAGAAUCGCGCUUGACGACGACGCCGGCGAAAGCAGCGUCUUGACAACACUAGCGAAGCAGCCAGUCAUACCCCCUCGAGGUCGCACAGCGAACCCUCGCCCCGUCCACCUCUACCACCGACCAAGCUUGUCACCUCGAUUACACUUUCCGCAUCCGCUUCUAUCUCCUCGUCUACCGUUUCGUUUCGUUCCGUGUAUUGUCUCAUUGGCCUCGAUCGUGUAAACAAAAGCAAAAGGUUGAUAUUCGCAAGGUGC